AUCACCAAGCGCAAUAUAACGUAGGAAAGCCACCCUUUUUAUUCCUUCUCUUUCACUAAACAGAUUCCUAAUGCCUUGGUGGAUCGGAUUAAGACCAGCUCUUCAUCGGUGUAUACAUUAUUGGCCCCCAGUGCUCGUAAUAUGGCCUGUUGGCAGCUUUCAAUGGUAGUAGCUUCCUCUGAGCGGUCAUCAGACCGUAAUCUCGGUGUGAGUUGGCGAAUAAUUUUUGGCACAAAUUUGCCCGAGGCAUGCAACGGAAGCUUAUACACAGCUUGGAAGCAUAUGAGAACCGUGAGGUGCAGUAUUAAGGGAGCGUUUGCCGCAUUGUCACUGUCUGUAUUGUUGAGUUGUUGGACAAGGUUACUGUUGAUGAAUCUGGAGCAUUUCGAUUCCAGCUGCGCCGUGUUGCUAUCUCCGCCUUCAAGGUUGGCCAACUUGUUUACCAGGCUGAUGAAUUCGUCACUAGGCUAUUGUGACAUGCAUAAAUACCUUAAUUUGCAUGGAUAGACAUCGCCCUUCGAUAAUGAAUGACAUUUACCUUUCCGGCCAUUGCAAUGGAGCGUGCCUUUUCAGCAUCCAUACGAUGUUCGGCACCCAUGCCUUUGAGAAGUUC